GCCAAUGAGACGCCACUCGGGCCGCGCGCGCAGGGUAUCAUGGCGGCCUGCAGGCAGUGCUGCUCGUACCUGCGGCUCCGGCCGCUGCGCUGCGCUCCCCUGGCUCCCCUUGGCCCCCUCGGCCGGCCCGGGAGGAGUCGGGCACUCAACUGUUUGCAGGUGCGAGCGCUGUGGAGCAGCACCGGGUCCGGAAAGGUUUCUGUGGACUUGGGCCAUAGAAAAUUAGAAAUAUCCUCUGGAAAACUAGCAAGAUUUGCAGAUGGAUGUGCUGUGGUACAGUCAGGCGACACUGCGGUGAUGGUCACAGCGGUCAGUAGAACAAAACCCUCACCUUCCCAGUUCAUGCCCCUAGUGGUUGACUACAGACAGAAGGCUGCUGCAGCAGGUAGAAUCCCCACAAACUACCUUAGAAGGGAGAUCGGCUCUUCUGACAAAGAAAUUCUCACAAGUCGAAUAAUAGAUCGCUCAAUUAGACCUCUCUUUCCUGCGGGCUAUUUUUAUGAUACUCAGGUUAUUUGUAAUCUGCUAGCAGUAGAUGGUAUCAAUGAACCAGAUAUCCUAGCAAUUAAUGGUGCUUCUGUAGCCCUCUCCUUAUCAGACAUUCCUUGGAAUGGACCGAUUGGGGCAGUACGAGUAGGAAUGAUUGAUGGAGAAUGUGUUGUUAACCCAACAAGAAAAGAAAUGUCUUCUAGUAUUUUAAAUUUAGUAGUUGCUGGAGCACCUAAAAGCCAAAUUGUUAUGUUGGAAGCCUCUGCAGAGAACAUUCUACAGCAGGACUUCUGCCAUGCUAUCAAAGUUGGAGUGAAGCAUACCCAGCAGAUAAUUCAGGGCAUCCAGCAGUUGGUAAAAGAAAUUGGUGCUGACAAGAGGACACCCCAGAAGAUAUUCACACCUUCACCAGAGAUUGUGAAAUACACUCACAAAAUAGCCAUGGAGAAACUCUAUGCAGUUUUUACGGAUUAUGAACAUGACAAAAUUUCUAGAGAUGAAGCUGUUAACAAGAUAAGACUAGAUACAGAGGAGCAACUAAAGGAAAAAUUCCCAGACGUCGACCAAUUUGAAAUAAUAGAAUCCUUCAAUGUUGUUGCAAAGGAGGUUUUCAGAAGUAUUAUUUUGAAUGAAUACAAAAGGUGUGAUGGACGGGAUUUGACUUCACUGAGGAAUAUCAGCUGUGAGGUAGAUAUGUUUAAAACACUUCAUGGAUCAGCAUUAUUUCAAAGGGGACAGACACAGGUACUCUGUACUGUUACAUUUGAUUCAUUAGAAUCCAGUAUGAAGUCAGAUCAAAUUAUAACGGCUAUAAACGGGGUAAAAGAUAAAAAUUUCAUGCUGCACUAUGAGUUUCCUCCUUAUGCAACCAAUGAAACUGGCAAAGUUACUGGUAUGAAUAGAAGAGAACUUGGGCAUGGUGCUCUUGCUGAGAAAGCUUUGUGUCCUGUUAUUCCCAAAGACUUUCCUUUUACCAUAAGAGUCACAUCUGAAGUCCUUGAGUCAAACGGGUCAUCUUCUAUGGCAUCUGCAUGUGGUGGAAGUUUGGCAUUAAUGGAUGCAGGGGUCCCAAUUUCAUCUGCUGUUGCAGGUGUAGCAGUGGGAUUGGUUACCAAAAGCAAUCCAGAGAAAGGUGAAAUAGAAGAUUAUCGUUUGCUGACAGAUAUUCUGGGAAUUGAAGAUUACAAUGGUGACAUGGAUUUCAAAAUAGCCGGUACAAAUAAGGGAAUAACUGCAUUACAGGCUGAUAUUAAAUUACCUGGCAUACCAAUUAAAAUUGUAAUGGAAGCCAUUCAGCAAGCAUCAGUGGCAAAGAAGGAGAUAUUACAGAUAAUGAGCAGAGCAAUUUCAAAACCUCGAGCGUCUAGAAAAGAAAAUGGACCAGUCGUAGAAACAGUUAAGGUUCCGUUAUCAAAACGAGCAAAAUUUGUUGGACCUGGUGGAUACCACUUAAAAAAACUUCAGGCUGACACAGGUGUAACAAUCAGUCAAGUUGAUGAAGAAACCUUCUCCAUAUUUGCACCAACCCCUAGUGCAAUGCAUGAGGCGAGAGACUUCAUUACCGAGAUUUGCAGAGAUGAUCAAGAGCAACAAUUAGAAUUUGGAGCAGUUUAUACUGCUACAAUAACUGAAAUCAGAGACACUGGAGUAAUGGUAAAACUUUACCCAAACAUGACUGCUGUGCUACUUCAUAACACACAACUUGACCAACGGAAGAUUAAACAUCCCACUGCCCUAGGAUUAGAAGUUGGCCAAGAAAUUCAGGUCAAAUACUUUGGCCGCGAUCCAGCUGAUGGAAGAAUGAGACUUUCUCGAAAAGUACUUCAGUCUCCAGCUGUAACUCCUGUCAAAACUCUAAAUGAUAGAAGUAGCAUUGUAAUGGGAGAGCCUGUUUCACAGCCAUCAUCAAACUCUUCCCCUUGACUCCUUUUGGAAAUGGUAUUCAAUGAUAUUCUGCAAAGCAAAUUUUAAUGUGUAGAUUUAUAUAUAAUUUAAGUAAAAUUAUUUGUUUAACACAAAUAAAAUGCUCAUUUCUAUAGGUGGAUUUUUCUGUCCCACCAGCCAGUUCCAAAAUCAUGACAUGGAGACUUAUUAAUCAUGAAAGCUUAGCGGAUGGCUUAGGUUUGUUCUUAGCUACCUCUUUUCUAUUAAUCUGUGUGGUCCCUGAGGCUCGUCCCCAUCAUCUACACACUGUCCACCCUGCUUUCCUGCUGCUUCCCUGUCUCUUGACUCAGCCUUUCUUCUUCCCAGUGUCCUCUGUGCCUGGAAAUCCUGCCUAGCUAUUGGCCACUUAGCUCUUAGUAAACCAAUCCAAGUGACACAUCUUCACAAUGCACAAAAAGAUUAUUCCACGACACAUUUCAUGUGCCUUUUUUAUUUCAGGAGCAACCUAUAUUUGCCUGUCUUUAUUUAGGUAAGUCAGUAAAUAUUUAUUAAUGAAUAAGCUAUUUUUAUGUUAGGGGAGAUUACCUUUUGUCCUGUAAUUGUACACUACUGAAAAGUAGUAGAUCAUUGAUGCUCUCCCAAGGGUCUUUUCCCACCCUCCCUUCUCCCCAUGCGUCCAUGGCCUUUCUCCCGUCAUCGUGGCUCACUGUGCCCACAGCUGUGCCUGCCUGCUCCAUUGCUACAACUUGCGGCCAUGGUAAAAGCCACAACUUUUUUUUUUUUCAGAGAAAUUAAUUGGCAUUGAGGUAACUAAUUUGAUUCAGUUUUUAACGGUAUGUCUUUCAGUCACAAAACCAUAAAUACAGUGGAAUGAGUUUUAUAAUUGGGAUUCUGGUUAGGGAGAUUAUUUUUUCUUCUUUCUCUUUUUUUUCUUUUGGUUUUUGAGACAGGGUUUCCCUGUGUUAACAGCCCUAGAUGUUCUGGAAUUCACGUUGUAGGCUGGCUUCAAACUCACAGAAAUCCACCUGCCUCUGCUGGGAUUAAAGGUGUAUGCCACCAUGUCCAACUUUUUUUUUAAUUACCUAAAUAUAAAACAUUACGCACCCAUCAGAUAACACUAGGUCAUUCUUUGUGUGUAUGUAAUUGGCACUGUGUGGAUAUCUAUUAUUGGUGAAAGAGCUUGGAACCAGAUUAGUGAUGUAAUUUCUAGAAAUAAUGUCAAGUUCAUUGUCAUAAUUUUUAUUUUUUUCUUCAGACAAGGUCCCACUGUGUAACCUUAGAUAGCCUAGAACUCAUUAGAAGAGGCUGCCCUGGGACUGAGACCCACCUGUAGGACGGUAAAGUGCUGAAAUGAAAGGCGAGAACCUCGUACCCAGCUCAUUGCUGUAAUUUCAACCAUGCUAUUAAUCCGCGAAAAAGUAAAUACUACAAUUCUUAUCAUGUGAAUCCUUACUCAGGGCUAAUCUAUAAGAUGUUAAAUAUCGGGGCUGGACAAAGGUCUCAGAGGUUAAGAGCACUGACUGCUCUUCCAGAGGUCCUGAGUUCAAUUCUCAGCAACCACAUGAUGGCUGACAGUCAUCUAUAAUUCAAUAUGGUGCCCUCUUCUGGCAUGCAGGCAGAAUACUGUAUAUGUAAUAAGUAAAUAAAUCUUUAAAAAAAGAUAUUAAAUAUCUAUCAGUCCAAGCCAAAGACUUUUAAGGUAUAUUAAUGCAUAACUCAACAAACAUUAUUCUCUGUAAAAUGCCAUAUUAAGACAGUAUUGAUACCCUUUCUAAAAUAGUAAAAAUUAACUGAAAAUUAAAAAUUAUAUUUGAUUUAUAUAUUUGAUAUACUGCUAUUUAGUAAUAGUGACCAGCACCAUAAUCCUUAGUUUAAGAGACAAUAACCCUUAGUGGUUGGAUUUCAGAAUUAUAUUGUGCAUUUCUUAAAUUUGCUCUUAUUUUUCAAAAGGACUCUAACCUGUUAAUAAUUUGGAAAAAAAGAAUACAGUUCUUGGAACUCUAGAAGAGUGCCACAGAAUUAAACGGACAGCUCACUAAUAACCAACAGCAGAAGCACCCUCUCACUUCUGCAUAAACCAAGAGCCUACCAUUUGAGCCAGAAUUUCAAAUCAUGUUAGUUUUCCAUAACUUCUAAUGAAGUGUAGCUUCAGCUGUCUUGGAACUUGCUCUGUAGACCAUACUGUCCUUGAACUCAGAGAUCUGCCUGUGUCUGCCUCCUGAGUGCUGGGAAUAAAGGUUUGUGCCACUACCACCAGGCCCUGGAAUGAAGUUUAUAAUCUGGGACUGUCAUAUGCCAAAAACUAAUUUAUAGUACCUGAAUACUGGUGUUUGUAAUUUGUUCUUUUAUGAUCUUUUUUUGACAUGCCAUGAAUUAGUGUUCAAAUUUUA